AUGAAGAAGAAAGGCUCUGAAGCCAUGAAGGGCUGUAUCUUUGUCUUGGGAACACAAAGCUCUUUGAAGUUGUCGGAGACGCACGUUUUGCCUUUGAAACAUGAACACCAUGAAUGGGGACAAGCCCAAGAUGUAAAUACUGGACAGGACGCCAUGGGCAUGUCGUCCAAAGGAGUGGAUGUCGAAUAUCCAGCCAGGAAUGAUAUUAUGCCUCCUGACCGGGCGGAGGACACGCCGAACGCAAUGUUGUCCUCUGACCAAAAUUGUCCAACGUCGGCCAGAAGGUCAAAACUAGAGAAUGAGGACCCGGUCUCGAACUUGCGGGAGCAUUGCGAGGCCGUCCCCGUCUUCCUUCGAAGCGAAUUUCAUCCUCGGUUGGGUGAUUGGGAGUCAUCCCGCAGUUCUCCAACUCUCCCAGCUCCCCAAAUCAAGGGACCGGGGGCGUUUCCAGGAAGCGGUUCAUUGAUGCAACGUGUUGCGAUGCGGACGACUGCGUACCGAGGACGGUAA